AUGGACACAGAACGAGUGACUAUUGCUGGAGGCAACGGGUUGGGUAAUGCCAACAAUCAACUAUACGAACCUUAUGGUCUCUUCGUUGAUGACAAUCAAACAGUGUUCAUUGCUGACUACGAAAAUCAUCGUAUCAUGCAAUGGAAGGAAGCUAAUACGACGAAUGGGCAAGUUGCUGCUGGAGCUAAUGGCCAGGGAAAUCAAUUGGACCAAUUGAAUAGUCCAACUGAUGUAUUGAUCGACAAAGAGACGGAUAGUCUCAUUAUUUGCGAUUGGAGAAAUCGACGAGUUGUAAGAUGGUCUCGUCGUAGUGGCCCAACACAAGGAGAAAUCCUCAUCGACAACAUCGACUGUGAAGGAUUAGCGAUGGAUGAUCAGAGAUAUCUCUAUAUCGCUGACCCGGAAAAGCAUGAAGUAAGACGAUAUGAAUCGGGAGACGUGAAUGGCACUCUCGUGGCUGGUGGAAAUGGUCUAGGUAAUGGUACCAGUCAUCUCAACGGGGUGACUUAUCUCUUUGUAGAUCGACAACAGAAUGUCUACGUGUCAGACAACUGCAAUCAUCGUGUAAUGAAAUGGAGUAAAGAUGCAAAAGAAGGCAUCGUCGUCGCUGGAGGUCAAGGCGAAGGGAGCGCUCUGACACAAUUGAACUAUCCUAACGGACUCUUCGUCGAUAUGUUCGGUACACUCUAUGUAGCAGACACGUGGAAUCAUCGUGUAAUGCGUUGGACUCAAGGAGCGCAACAAGGCACUGUGAUUGUGGGUGGAAAUGGCCACGGAGCAGGAGCGAAUCAGUUCAGCUACCCCACUGGUUUGUCUUUCGAUCGACAUGGUAAUGUCUAUGUCGCCGAUGAGAGUAAUCAUCGUGUUCAACGAUUUUCUCUCCAAUAA